AUGAUAAACCCCGUGAAGGUGCCUCGAAAUUGGCCGGUGUUCCGUUUGAGGGGAAUUUCACUCGCACGGGCGCUGAAUCCAUUAUUCAUCGGCAGCGCUUUCUUGCUGCGGCCCCCUUACUUAGUAUCGGACAAUCUGAAACGGGACUGGCUGCCGAUAGAGCCAGCCACGCGGCCCGUCGUCCAAUUUGCUGACAGUGUUCGCUUAACU